AUGACGCACAACUCAUCAUCUACGCCAACGGAGCGCCAGGCAACAUUGGUCCGGACGUUCGCCUUGGGUGUUCGACAAGUCUUCUACCGAGUCUACCCAACGAGCGUCCCAGCUACGACCAACUACCCCAAUGGCACAAGCCACACAGAGCUAGAAAUUGAACUGGGACCCCGGAUCGUUCAACUUCCCGUUAACAUUCACGCCGGCAUGAACUUCAAGUACGAUUUGACUGAUUGCAAACUCACGUCCCUUCAAGGCUUCCUGACGGUCCCAUCGCAGGUUGCUGGGGUUGCUAUUGAUCCCACCGCCAUUUUGAAUCAGAUUAUCGCUGCUGGCAAGGCUGGAAAGGCGGCUUCUUAG